AUGGCAUCGUUUCCCGAGUCCGACUUUCAGAUCUGCCCGCUGUGCAAAGAGAUGUGCGGCUCGCCAGCUCCCCUCUCCUCCAACUCCUCCACCUCCUCGUCUUCCUCACAGACUUCCAGCUCCUCCGGGGGUGGCGGCUCCUCCUGCGGUGGCCCGCCACGGCGGCUGCACGUCCUGCCCUGCCUGCACGCCUUCUGCCGCCAGUGCCUGGAGGCGCAGCGGCACCCCGGCGCGGGGGACGCGCUCAAGCUGCGCUGCCCUAUCUGCGACCAGAAGGUGGUGAUCUCGGAGCCCUCGGGCAUGGACGCGCUGCCCUCUUCCAACUUCCUCCUCAGCAACCUGCUGGACGUCGUCGUCGUGGCUGCCACCGCCGACGAGCAGAAGAACGGCCGCGCCGCCGGGACCGGCCCCGCGGCCGGCUCCGGCGCGGGAGGGGGCGGCGGCAACAACCGCCACCACGGUCGCCCGCCGCCUCCGCACCGCGCCGCCGGCUCCUCGCCCGCUGCCGCCGCAUCGGCCGCGCCCUCCUCGACGUCGUCCUCCUCCUCAGGCGGCAGCUCGGCGGCGCUCCUGCUGCGACGGCCCCACAGUCGGCAGGGCGAGCCCCGCUGCAGCUCUUGCGACGAGGGCAACGCCGCCAGCUCCCGCUGCCUCGACUGCCAGGAACACCUGUGCGACAACUGCGUGCGGGCGCACCAGCGCGUCCGUCUCACCAAGGACCACUUCAUCGAGCGCUUCGCCGCUGCCGGCCCCGGUGCCCCGCUCGCUCUCAGCCCGCCCUACCCCGCCUCGCCCUACAACAUCCUCUCCGUCUUCCCUGACCGGGCUAGCUACUGUCAGCACCACGACGACGAGGUCCUGCAUUUCUACUGUGAUACCUGUUCUGUACCCAUAUGUCGGGAAUGUACCAUGGGGCGACAUGUGGGUCACAGCUUUAUCUACCUCCAAGAUGCCCUGCAGGAUUCCAGGACUCUCACCAUUCAGCUCCUGGCAGAUGCUCAGCAAGGACGACAGGCAAUUCAACUAAGCAUUGAGCAGGCCCAGACUGUGGCAGAGCAGGUUGAGAUGAAAGCGAAGGUGGUACAAUCUGAAGUCAAAGCAGUGACUACUAGACACAAGAAGGCCUUGGAAGAGCGGGAGUGUGAGCUGCUCUGGAAGGUGGAAAAGAUUCGCCAAGUCAAGGCAAAGUCACUCUACUUGCAAGUUGAAAAGUUACGUCAGAACCUAAAUAAACUGGACAACACCAUUAGUGCUGUUCAGCAGGUCCUGGAGGAGGGUCGUACCAUGGAUAUUCUUCUGGCCCGGGACCGCAUGCUGGCUCAGGUGCAGGAGCUGAAGAACGUGCGAGGCCUUCUUCAGCCACAGGAAGAUGACAGGAUCAUGUUCACUCCCCCUGACCAGGCAUUGUAUAUGGCCAUUAAAUCAAUGGGUUUUGUCAGCAGUGGGGCUUUUGCUCCUCUCACUAAAGCCGCUGGGGAAGGCCUCAAGCGUGCACUGCAGGGCAAAGUGGCCUCUUUCACAGUAAUAGGGUAUGAUCACGAUGGGGAGCCUCGCCUUUCAGGAGGUGACAUGAUCUCUGCAGUGGUGCUGGGCCCAGAUGGAAACCUUUUCGGGGCAGACAUCAGUGAUCAGCAGAAUGGGACCUACCUGGUCAGCUACCGUCCACAGCUGGAGGGAGAACACCUGCUGUCUGUGAUGAUGUGCAACCAACACAUUGAGAACAGCCCCUUCAAAGUCAUCGUGAAGUCUGGUCGCAGCUAUAUAGGCAUUGGGCUGCCAGGGCUCUCCUUUGGCAGUGAGGGAGACAGCGAUGGCAAACUCUGCCGCCCCUGGGGAGUCAGCGUAGACAAAGAAGGCUACAUCAUCGUCGCUGACCGCAGCAAUAAUCGCAUCCAAGUGUUCAAACCGUGCGGGACCUUCCAUCACAAGUUCGGCACGCUGGGCUCCCGGCCGGGGCAGUUUGACCGCCCUGCUGGCGUGGCCUGCGAUGUCUCGCGCAGAAUCGUCGUGGCUGACAAGGACAAUCAUCGCAUCCAGAUCUUCACGUUCGAGGGGCAGUUCAUUCUGAAGUUUGGGGAGAAAGGAACAAAGAACGGGCAGUUCAAUUAUCCGUGGGACGUGGCUGUCAAUGCAGAGGGCAAGAUCCUCGUCUCUGACACCAGGAAUCAUCGAGUUCAGCUAUUCGGGCCUGACGGCAUGUUUCUGAAUAAGUACGGCUUCGAAGGGGCACUCUGGAAGCACUUUGAUUCCCCCAGAGGUGUGACUUUCAAUCAUGAGGGCCACUUGGUAGUGACAGACUUUAACAACCAUCGCCUUCUGGUCAUCCAUCCGGACUGCCAGUCGGCGCGCUUUCUGGGCUCGGAAGGUACCGGGAACGGUCAGUUCCUGCGCCCGCAGGGAGUGGCGGUGGAUCAAGAGGGGCGCAUUAUCGUGGCUGAUUCCAGGAACCACCGGGUGCAGAUAUUUGAGUCAAAUGGUAGCUUUUUAUGCAAGUUUGGCACUCAGGGAAGCGGCUUCGGUCAGAUGGACCGUCCUUCAGGUAUAGCCAUCACCCCUGAUGGCAUGAUUGUGGUGGUCGACUUUGGAAACAAUCGAAUUCUUGUCUUCUAA